AUGGCUGGAAGACCGACAGAAGGUCGCCAUGGCGGAUCCUCGGGGAACCGCGACGACCUGCUGCUGGAUCUGGACAAUGACCAGCCGCUAUACGGCGGUGGCCAGAGAUCGGCCUUGAACGACGACGACUUGAUGCGACGCUACUCCCACGACCAAGAAGAGCCCCAAAGCAGACCUUCAGUAUCCUACGACGACUUCGUUGGCGCAUCCACAUCGUCCGCAACUCGCUCUGGCGCCCGUGGUAUGGGCCCCUCAGGCCAGGCCAGUACUUCCCCCUACAUGAAUAGGCAAUACAGCCAGACCUCGGAGCUGGGCAACUACCAGCGAUAUGCCGACGAUUUCGAAGACUAUCCCAUCGACGGCGAUUCAUACUACCAACAUGGGGGUCCAAUCCCCACCAACGCCCGGUCGACAGCAGCCAGGAGUAAUGCCAGAAAUCGAAACAGCGUGUUGAGCUUGGGAGGCGGGUUUUUCGGCCGAGUCAAGAAUAAACUCGGCAUGGGCCAGGGAUAUUCGGAGAUGGACUUGCCACUAACAGAAGGCGGCCACGAACGUGGUGCUUCUUCUGGCGGCUCGCCACCAGAUCAGAGGAGCAAAGCGUUUGAUAUGGGCAAUUUCAAGUUUGGUUUUGGCCGCAGCAAGCCAGAUCCAUCUACUCUCGGCCCUCGCAUCAUCCACCUCAACAACCCGCCCGCUAAUUCCGCGAACAAGUACGUCGACAAUCACAUCUCGACUGCCAAGUACAAUGUUGCCACUUUUCUUCCAAAAUUCCUCCUGGAACAGUUUUCGAAGUUUGCCAACGUCUUUUUCUUGUUCACAGCCGGCUUGCAACAAAUCCCUGGUCUCUCACCGACCAAUCGAUACACGACUAUUGCUCCCCUUCUCAUCGUGCUUUUGAUUUCUGCCGGUAAAGAAUUGGUGGAAGAUUACCGCAGAAAACAAGCUGAUAAUGCGUUGAAUACGUCCAAAGCAAGAGUCUUGCGCGGAUCUAGCUUUACAGAAACGAACUGGAUCAACGUAGCGGUUGGUGACAUUGUGCGUGUGGAGUCGGAAGAGCCAUUCCCUGCCGAUUUGGUUCUCUUGGCUAGUUCUGAGCCUGAAGGUCUCUGUUAUAUCGAAACAGCAAAUUUGGACGGCGAGACGAACCUGAAGAUCAAACAAGCAUUGCCCGAGACUUCAUCCAUGGUCUCGUCCAGUGAAUUGAGCAGACUUGGUGGGCGAAUCAAGUCGGAACAACCAAACAGCAGCUUGUACACUUAUGAAGCAACGUUGACGAUGCAAACUGGCCCUGGUGAGAAGGAAUUGGCGUUGAAUCCCGAACAACUCCUCCUUCGAGGUGCCACACUCCGAAAUACCCCCUGGAUCCACGGUGUUGUUGUCUUUACCGGUCACGAGACAAAGCUCAUGCGAAAUGCGACGGCCACUCCCAUCAAACGAACCAAGGUUGAAAAGAAGCUCAACUGGCUGGUCUUGGUACUCAUCGGCAUGCUUUUAGCGCUCAGUGUGGUUUGCACCGUUGGAGACCUUAUUAUGCGUGGCGUCAACGGCGAUUCACUUGGUUAUCUUUAUCUGGACAAGAUUGACAACGCUGGCACGGUGGUAAAGACCUUUGCCAGGGACAUGGUUACGUACUGGGUAUUGUUCUCGUCGCUGGUUCCUAUUUCUCUUUUCGUCACUGUGGAACUUGUCAAAUACUGGCACGGCAUACUCAUUAACGACGAUCUCGAUAUGUAUUACGACAAGGCUGAUACCCCAGCGACAUGUCGGACAUCCAGUUUGGUUGAAGAACUGGGCAUGGUCGAGUUUGUGUUCUCCGACAAGACGGGUACUCUUACGUGUAACCAGAUGGAGUUUAAGCAGUGCACAAUAGCCGGUCUCCAGUACGCCGAUAAAGUCCCCGAGGACCGCCGCGCAACUGGACCCGAUGAUGAUACGGGCAUUCACAACUUUGAAAGGCUACGAUCCAACUUGAAAAAUGGCCACGACACCGCAAUGGCCAUUGACCACUUCCUCACCCUGCUUGCAACCUGCCACACUGUGAUUCCCGAAAUGGACGAGAAGGACCACAUAAAAUACCAGGCUGCAUCUCCUGAUGAAGGCGCCCUAGUGCAGGGAGCUGUUGAUCUUGGUUAUCGUUUCACAGCAAGAAAGCCGAGGUCAGUCAUUAUCGAAGCUGGUGGCCAGGAGAUGGAAUAUGAGCUUUUGGCAGUUUGCGAGUUUAACUCGACACGCAAAAGAAUGUCGACUAUUUACCGUUGCCCAGAUGGCAAGGUCCGAAUCUACUGCAAAGGGGCGGAUACAGUCAUUUUGGAACGUCUCAACGACCAGAACCCUCAUGUUGAAGCGACUCUCGCGCACCUAGAAGAAUACGCGUCAGAAGGUCUCCGAACGCUUUGUUUAGCUAUGCGCGAGGUCCCUGAGCCGGAAUUUGCCGAAUGGCAACAAAUAUUCGAUGCUGCCUCAACAACUGUGGGGGGAACACGUGCUGAGGAGCUAGACAAGGCUGCAGAGAUUAUUGAGCACGACUUUUUCUUGCUCGGUGCCACUGCUAUCGAGGAUCGCCUGCAAGACGGAGUUCCUGAAACGAUUCAUACCUUGCAGGAGGCCAACAUCAAGGUCUGGGUUCUCACUGGAGAUCGGCAGGAGACCGCAAUCAAUAUUGGCAUGAGUUGCAAGCUUCUUAGCGAGGAUAUGAUGCUUUUGAUUGUGAAUGAAGAAACUGCCGCAGCAACGCGAGACAACAUUCAGAAGAAGCUGGAUGCGAUCAGAACCCAGGGAGAUGGUACCAUAGAGUCGGAGACACUGGCAUUGGUUAUAGAUGGCAAGUCGUUGACAUAUGCGCUGGAGCAGGACCUUGAGAAGCUAUUCUUGGAUCUUGCCAUCAUGUGCAAGGCAGUUGUCUGCUGCCGCGUGUCGCCGCUGCAAAAGGCUCUUGUGGUCAAAUUGGUCAAGAAGUAUCAGAAAAACUCUAUCCUCCUCGCCAUUGGCGAUGGAGCCAACGAUGUUUCUAUGAUUCAGGCUGCCCAUAUUGGUAUUGGUAUCAGUGGCAUGGAAGGUUUGCAGGCUGCACGGAGUGCAGAUGUUGCCAUUGCCCAGUUCAGAUAUCUCCGCAAGCUGUUGCUUGUUCACGGCGCGUGGAGCUACCAGCGUGUGAGCAAGACGAUUUUGUUUUCAUUUUACAAGAAUAUCACUUUAUAUCUCACACAAUUUUGGUUUACAUUUCAAAAUGUGUUCUCUGGACAGGUCAUUUACGAGUCAUGGACGCUAUCGUUCUACAACGUCUUCUACACUGUUCUUCCACCCCUUGUCCUUGGCAUUCUCGAUCAAUACGUCUCGGCACGUCUGCUUGAUAGAUACCCUCCGCUAUACGGCAUGGGCCAGAGCAAUUCCUCUUUCAAGCUAAAGACGUUUGCUCAGUGGAUUGCCAACGCUUUCUAUCACUCCAUUAUCCUCUAUGUCUUUGCAGAACUCUUCUGGUACGGAGAUCUCAUCCAAGGAGACGGCAAGAUUGCAGGCCACUGGGUCUGGGGAACCGCUCUGUACGGUGCAGUCCUAUUGACGGUCCUGGGUAAAGCGGCCCUUGUUACGAGCAACUGGACCAAAUACCACGUGCUGGCCAUUCCCGGCAGUAUGGCCAUUUGGUAUAUUUUCAUUGCUGCCUACGGUACGGUGGCGCCCAAGGUUAAUUUCUCUAUGGAGUACCAUGGCGUGGUUCCACGGUUGUACACCAGUCCAGUCUUCUGGCUUCAGACUGUCGUCUUGGCUUUUAUGUGCCUGCUACGUGAUUUCGUAUGGAAGUACGCCAAACGCAUGUACAUGUCAAAGCCAUAUCACCACGCCCAAGAGCUUCAAAAGUAUAACAUUCAGGAUUAUCGACCAAGGUAUGUAAUCAGUUACUUUGCCAAAAAAGCCUCCCAGAGAGAGAUGGACUCCCAGUUCGCAAUCGUGAAGUACAGCACACAGCACACUGACAUGUCCUUCAGAAUGGAGCAAUUCCAGAAAGCAAUCCGGAAAGUCCGACAAGUGCAGCGAAUGCGAAAGCAGCGUGGCUAUGCUUUUUCGCAGGCCGACGAAAGCCAGACACGUGUGCUGCAAGCAUACGACACGACGAAACACCGAGGUCGUUACGGAGAGAUGGCGAGCUCAAGAACACCAGCUCGAUAA